UGGAAUAACCAUGAGAAUUGAGAAGCGAGAGCGCCGUCGCAGUUCUAUGGCGUCGCUGGCGUAUCCAGCCUCGACGUCGGCGUCGCGAGCCGAUUUCCUCGACGCAGCCAGAGGAGGAGCUCAUCGGGUAGGAUAGGUGUAGAGGAACCCAGGGUCCACCGCCGCCGCGACGCUAGUCGCCUCGACGCUCUCGCACGCUGCGUUUGCUGCCACUGCCGACGCCGUCGUCGCCGUCGACUUUCUCUUUUUUCUCUUGUAACUUUAUCGCAGCCGUGGGUGUUACCCCGUUUUUUCGUGUUUCGCGUUUCUUUGCAAAAAGCAAAAAGAAGAACGGAAAAACAAAAAGGGAGACAGGAACAACGGAAAUUGUAUAAAAACAAAAUAAUAAUAAUAACAGACUUCCCUAUUUUUAUGAAAAAAGAUUUGUUGGAGAAUAUUUUCAUUUUUUUGGGGGGUACAAAAUUUCGCCAAAAUAUUCUUGCAGUGUGAAUUAUACAGAUUUACGUAAAGUGGUGUUUUACGUAGAAGAAUCUCAAAGAUAUAUCGGAAAGGAGGAAGUGUCAUUUUCAAAAUAUAAAUUCACAUAACGAUUGUGGGAUCUAUCAGAGCUGGAGGAUCGUCUCGAGGUCACUGGCAUUUAGGAUUACUUCAACUGUGCGACUGGGAUCUGAAUCGAUCAAGAUCCACAAGAAUUUCUGGGAAUCCUAGUGACUUUAUAGAUCAUUGAUCAAAAGGAUCGUUUUAUCAGUAAUCGAAUAAAAUCAAUUGCUAAAAGUCGCGAGUGCGUCGUUUCCUUAAAUUCCUGUGAGACACGUGAAAGGAAUAUCGCUAUGCACUUUUGAGAGGACCUGUAUAUCUCGACGAUCGAUAUCACUGGAUCAGUGCCAUUUAGUGGAUUGAAGAGGAUCUUUGGAUCGGAUUCACGUAAAAUGGGCUGCUUCGGGAGCAAGGAUAAGCUCAGCAAGGAGGACAUGGACUUCCUCAAAUCUCACACCAGAUACGACGAAGCCACCAUAAAGGAGUGGUACAAGGGAUUUAAGCAAGACUGCCCGAACGGCCGGUUGACGCCAACGAAAUUCGUCGACAUGUACAAAAUGUUCUUCCCGUCUGGUAACGCUGAGGAAUUUUGCGAUCACGUCUUCCGUACAUUUGACAUGGAUAAGAAUGGCUACAUCGACUUUAAAGAAUUCCUACUGGCGAUAGAUGUGACGUCCAGCGGCACACCCGAGGAGAAGCUCAAGUGGGCUUUCCGGAUGUACGACGUAGACGGAAAUGGGGUUAUCGACAUUCAAGAAAUGACGAAAAUCGUUCAAGCGAUAUACGACAUGCUGGGUGCCUGCUCAAGCAAUCGGCCUGCCGACAGCGCUGAAGAUCGCGCUAAGAACAUAUUCGCCAAGAUGGAUGAGAACAACGACGGACAAUUGACGCAGGAUGAGUUCCUGAAGGGAUGUCUUCAAGACGAGGAGCUCUCUAAAAUGCUGGCACCUUAAUCAAGUACCUGGAUACUUGGUUAGAGGUUGUUGGAGGAACAGGAGGAAAGCCAGAAGGACGAGACAGUAGCGCUACCAAUCACCAUGACCGCAAUCACCAAUCAUAACAGGAAACACCAUUUUCGUCAUUAGCCGCCAGCAGGAUUCAUCGUUACCAAGAGAAACUGCAAGACACGUUACCGUUCGACGAAUGCUACGUUAUAUGACAAAACAGUAACGUGUUUAAGCCCAAUGAGUUACUUUAAUACGGUGGACACUUGAUGAAAAUGGUAGUACGACUGGUUUAUUAGAAUUAAUGGCGGGGCCAUUGACUAAUUAUCAACGCCCAUACGCGUAUGUAGGUCAGAGCUCACGGUUCCAUGAUGAUCCCAGGUCGGUAACUACUGUUGCUGACAGUGGGAUGAACUGGCCUGCUACUACUCGUUAUUGGAUCAAACUCGUAAGGAUUUUUUAUGGCGUUGCUGGCAGUCGUGGAUACAUUAUGCUAUGGCGACGCCAAAUCUAAUACGGGAAGAGUUGGAUGCUAAUGACUAAUGGACAGUUAAUUAACGUUAUAACGAUAAUCAGUAAUCCUGAAACAACGAACGUACUUCUCUCUCUCGGGUAACAGCAACAGCAACAGCAACAGUAGCUUCAGUCACGUUGCUCGGAGAGAAUUUAUUUAUUUACAUGUUUCUCACAGGACUCGCGUGUCCUCGCAUGUCCCAAUUAUAUGAAAACGACAUAACACGUAUUCGCUAUACGAUCCUUCGGAGCUAUUCGCUCCACUAUACGAUCCUUUCACGUCUUUUCUUUCCUCUUCACUUUCUCUCUUGUUCUUUUUUCUGCCAAUCGCAUAAAUUGACUGUCAAGAACUCUCGGACUUCCAAACUGUAAAACGAAAGGAAUGCUACUACUUCUUUUACCGAUGAAUACAUAAACUUUGUAUUCUUUAUUGACUCGUCUUGAAUUUCUUUUAGUUCUUUAUUAAUCGAAAGACUAAUUAAAAUUUCGAGCAGAUACACACUUGAGGUAGAUGGAUAAUUAAUACUACAGUAUGAAUGUCAUAAUACGUAGAAAAAACAUGUGUCAGCGAGUCGUGGCAUGAGAAAAAUAAUAAGAGAAAGGGAGAAAGAAGAAGAGAUUAAUAAUAAUGAUAAUGCUUUGAAUGAACGAGUAAGACAACGACGACGUAUUACUCGUUGACCGGUCAUGUUUUAGUCUAAUCCUUAAUUAUGAGUAGACUCGUUAAGGAGAAAUUUUAACGGUUUAACGAUUCGAGACAAGCGGAUUAAAAGGAAGACAAAAAGAAGUCUUAGAGGGCGUAGCGGAAGUUUCAGAGAGAUAAUGGUGAUGUUACUUUAAACGAGACGAUAGACUAGUGUCUAUUAGUGAUAGAAUUCGACCAAUUGCAUGUCUUAAUAAUUAAUAGGGAUCUCUAAGUGUCUAUCGAUCACAGAUUAUUUGACAAAUAGAUAAUCGUUAUCGUCGCUUCGUUUCCUCAAACUACGAUAAAUAAUCUUUCUCAAUGACUGUCACGUUGUUUCGUCUACGGAUGGGAUCACUUAUUUAUAAUUUUUCUUUUUCCUUCAAUCGCAUCACUAUCUUUCACAUAAAUGUUUAAUAUCUUUUCAAAGUCUCCGAGCGCUACUUUGCCACUGGCUCUACUACCGUUACGACUCGCAGAGGAAGACUCGCCUAAGGAACUCGCAGUGACGAUGUAGGAUACGUGAAGGCAAAAGGAGAGAAUUGAAAAGUCCGAAAAAAAUGUGCAUUUAUACGACGCGGUGCAACGGCACUGAUUAAUUUAUAAUCUGUGACGGUAGACACGUAAUCGCGUAAAUAGGCUAGUCACAUAUCGUUCGCGUCCCUUCGUACUAACGAAAGUGAAUAAAUAUCGAUCAAAUUAUUAUAAAAGAUGAAUAAGGAAUCAAAUGAUUAUAACGAUUACAAUGUGAAUUUGCAAAGAGGGAAAUAUAUUGAGAGAAAGAGGAGUCGAGCGGCCGGCCUGUUGAAAUACGUGAGAGGCGCGUAGAAGGAUACUUAAGAAACGGAAAAAUGUGAAAUGGUUCGAAGAAAAAUAAGAAAGCAAGAGAUCCGUCGAUUCUCUGUAUAUAACAUAUUUGAUCUAGUACGUCGUGUUUAUAGUAAACACUUGAAAGGCAUUACGCAUCCACGCAUCAAGCAUUACCCAUUACGCAUUGAGCGUAUACUGUAAUGGUAUAAGGUAUAUAACCCCUUUAAUGGACACGGCCAUGUCAAUUCUUUCCAUCGAUUUCUCACUGGCGAACUUAUAUGAAACUUCUCGAGUCCUUCCUCGAUCAGAAAGUCGAGCAUUUGACAAUCCAUUAAUAGAAUUUCUCGUGUGAACGAAUUCUGCGGAGAUUCCUUAGAAUAUAUUUGAAGGAGGUUUGGGAUUUCGUAAAUUGCAAUUUUUUGCCACUUUUCAUUAGGCCACACGUAUGUGUUGCUUCAUGCGUGACAGCCUAACUGAUGAGAGCUGAGGUAUUGAUCAGUGGAGGACUUUGGAUGUAUAGAUUCUUGCUGAAUAAUAAUGGAUAAAGGUUUCCUUAGGAGACCGUUAAGAAAUAAGAGGGAAAAAGAGGUUGCAAAGAUGAAUGAGUAUCGAAGGACAGAUAAAGGGAUAUGCAAUGGAACGCAGAGUCAAUUUAAGAAAAAAAUAAUAAUACUACGAAGCAAAGUAAUGAUUAAUUGAGCCACUUGUGCAAUUCUUGCAAUUUUAUAUUUUUCUACUCCCUCCUAUAUUUCUCUCUCGAUCUAUCCAUUUAUCUAUCCCUCAUAACCAUCCGUACCCUUCUCUAGUUUCUCCUAUUUCUCAUAGCCCCUCCAUUUUAUCUAUACUAAUAACGCAUCCCUUACUUCAAUAUUCUCAUUUCCCAUUCACAACUUUAUCUCCACUAUCCAAUCUAUUUUACUAUCCCACCCAUCACCUUAUGUCUAAUCAAUGUAUUUCUUAUUGCACAUAAUGUAACAUAAUAAUAUAGUAGCUCUCUAUUUCUCUUCGCAGCCAGUAAGCACAAAGUUUUCUCAUGUAAUAUGCGCGUCGAAUAUUUCUGAAUAUAUAAUUCAUCACUCUUUCAUUUCACUAUGCCAUCCAAAAAAGUACCACACGAAAAUGUUAAUUCGAAGAAGUAAACAAGUAGAACAAACGAAAAUUCAUCAACGAAUCGACAGAACACCCACGUUUAUCCGCUAUGUGUAGCUAUAGGGUAAACAAAAAAACCGGAAGGGCAAUUCAGUGAUAAUAUUUUACAUUCACUUGCUUCGCAAAGAUAUGAAACGUCUAAUGAAUUAUAAUAAAGAAAAGAGAACAACAAUUAAAAGUUCUAGUGAUUAUUCUUCGCGCACGCAAAUAUAUUGUCUUUUCUCGUACCGCUUGGCGAUAUUACUGCGUCAAUAUGUAUGAUUAAACAGUGUCAUUACAAUAGCUAAUAAUCGUUAAUGAUAAUCCUUGCCGAUUUCGCUGGAUGAUUGAAAAUGUCUUGAAACGUGCUUGGGAAUGAAACUGAAGCUGGAGGAUACCAACCACUCUUGUACACUUCGGCGAGUAAUAAUAAUAACGACAGAAACAACAAUAAUAUCAAAUCCCUCAUGUUGCCUCGUGUAAAGUCAGAUAACAUUGAUGCGUUUCACAUGCAAUCAGGAUAAUCUGAUGAAAAAUAAUAUUCAAGCUACAAUUUGCUACAGUCUCAACAACCAUUUGCCACUAAUGUUAUAUAACUAUGUGUCUCUGUAUGCUGCCGCGCCCGAAUAACUGUAUCGCCCGAUAAUGAAGAUUGCAUAUGUUUUGUAUAUUAUAUAUUACAUAUAAGUAUAUACGGCGGUUCACGUGUAAAAGAGCUUUGCAGUAACAGAUGAAAAAUAAUUCGAAGUUUCUAGAACGUUCUCGUGAAUGUAUUAUGCGAACAGGUUACGUGCUAGGGACUUUGUAGUUUUUUAUCUGUCACCUUAAGCCAUUUUACUCGUGGACCAACUAGAACCAGAAGGUUUGAGCAAGCGUGUAAAAAAGGGUUUAAAGAUAUAAUAGAAUCUCGAGGAGGAUUCGGUAGGAGAGAACAGAUUAUUAUUAUAACUACUAUUAAUUGUAACAAGUAUUGUUAUUGUUGUUGUAAUCUCUCCUCCGUUCGAAUUCCUCUGGAGAAUUGAACAGAACUUCAAUCUUUCUAUUUGUAUCUGCAUUUGCUUCUCUUUCAAGCACUCCCCCCCUCCCUCCGCCUUAGUUUAAUCCAUUUUCUUAUUUUUUCUUUUAUUCUUCUACUCCUCCAUUCUCUUCUUUUAAAAAGAGGGGAAAAAUAAUAAAUUGGCGUGAACUGCAUAACACAGAGAUACAAUCUAGCCGUAAAUAACUAUAGGAGCCUGUGCUAUAAACGUAACAUUGAAACGUGUAAUUAAAAAAAUGACACCCAUGCAUAUACACAGGCGCGCGCGCGCGCGCAUCACUGCGUACGUGAAUUAUGCUAACAAAUCGCAUUAAGUGCAGCGACAGCGAUUUAGAGAAAGUAAGAACAGAACGGUAAGAGAGAGAGAGAGAGAGAGAGAGAGAGAGUGAGAGGGAAGGAGAGAGACAGUGAGAAAGGAUGAUGGGAGGGUGGGCGCAGAUGAUACACGAGAAAGGAAGAGUGAAAGGAAAUAUACUGUAUUGCAUUAAUUACUACCUUAACAAAUAAUACUAUCUUUUAAGGAUAAUGGGAGUAACAUUACAAAAAUGAAAAAGGAGGAUGAACAAAAAAAUAAGAACUCGUAUUUUGUAUGUGGGUUACAUACGGCGAGAACACCGAUACCAACCUACAUUAUUAAUUAUUAUUACUAUUAUUACUAUUAUUAUAAUAAACCGUACUAUGCUCUAAA